UUGGCCAGAAAAUAAGAAAUUAUAUUAAAUAUAUUUCGGAGAGCCUGCCGAUAAAGAUCUUUUUGUUUAUUUUAUUUUAACAUCAACGAAGGAGGAAACAAGGGAACAUGAGACAUUACUACAAACAUAUGAAGUAUAAAUACGGGGAGGAUACAUGCAUGAACCUAAAGCAUUAUAGCAAACAAAAACAAAAACUAACAAGACUAACAACACAACUAAAAUUCUUACUGGAAUGCAGAAAAUACGAUAUAAUACCCAACCACUUGACAAAUGCAGCAACGAGAAUUACAAUAGAAACCACAUCACCAAAUAUAAAGCAACAAAUAGAGAAGGCGAAACGAUUAUUUCUCAAAAAAUUACUGAACAUAGAAAUCACACAGACAAAUAUAAACAUAAAAUCUACAAGAGACCAAAUGGGGUAUACUGAACGACAAUUAAAGCGCAACCUUAGUGAAAUCGAUUUAAACUCUUUCUUUUCCGACCAAACCCUUCUAAGCCAGAGAGUUGCAAAAGAACAGGAAACAAUACAAGCACAAAAAUUGGAGAGGCUAAAAUAUAAACAAUUACAAAAUCUGGGUAUCUGUGUAAACAGCGACUGGUUCGUAAACAAAACCAACAUACAUUUUCCCGAAGAAGUGAAAUGGUUGCUCUCUCUCGGUAGGAAAUUUACAAUUCCUACAACAAGUACCAGUCUGCAGCCGAUAAAAAUUAUUGCCGAAAUGGAACAAAUAAUACACCAAAUAGAGGAUGAGAGAACAAAAGAAAUGGAGAGAAGCAGGCUAAGCAACAGAAUAUUGCAAUACAAACGGCAAUCAAAACAUAACCCAGUGGAAAAAUUCAUACUUCACACUUUCGACAAAACUAAAGCCUUUUUACAAAAACACAAGGAGGACAUUAUUAUAACAGACUCAGACAAAGGAAACAAAACAGUAGCAAUAUAUAAAACAGAUUAUAGGGAAAAAAUGAAUAGCUUGCUAGGAGACAAAAACACAUAUAGAAUAGCAAGAAAUGAUCCAACAAAUGCACUACAAAAACAGAAUAAUAAAUUGGUCGGCGAACUUUACAAAAACAAAAAUAUAAAUAUUAAAGAAAAGAAACAACUUACCUGCACCGCAGCGACUGCGCCUCGGCUCUAUGGUUUACCAAAAAUCCAUAAACCGAACUUACCCCUACGUCCUAUAGCGUCAUCUGUCAGUGUCCCGUGUUAUGGUCUGUCAAAAUUUAUUGGAAAAUUCUUAGGUGACUUAACGUCGGAGGACUACAACAUACGAAACUCAUUGAGACUGAAAGAAAGAUUAGAGAAGGUGCGUAUAUGUGAAGAGGACUUAUUAGUAUCAUUUGACGUGGUGUCAUUAUUCACCAACAUUCCCACAUAUCUAGCCAUCAAAAUAAUAAUGAGCAAAUUCAGUCAAAUUAUGUCUAGAACAAACAUACCAAAAAACAAGUUUUUGGAUCUCUUAAACUUCUGUCUUAAAGAUAACAAUUAUUUCAUGUACGAUGACAAAAUAUACACACAAAGUUUUGGGAUGCCGAUGGGUAAUCCCCUCUCCCCGACUAUAGCAGAUAUAAUCAUGGACGACUUAUUGGAUAAUACAAUCUCGGAAUUAAAGAAACUUCACAACAUUGACAUCAAAUUCAUAGUUAAGUACGUGGACGACAUCUUCGCGAUAGUGAAACGAAACGACGUAGAUAUUAUUCUGAAAACAUUAAACCGGUACCACAACAAGCUGCAAUUUACUAUUGAAAGAGAGGAAAAUUUCAAGAUCCCCUUUUUAGACGUCCUCAUCCAUAGAAAAAAUGACGAAAUAUUACUUGACUGGUACUCCAAGCCUAUAUCAUCUGGACGAAUAAUAAAUUUUCUGUCCUCGCAACCCAUGAAAUAUAAAAUUAACGCAGCAAAAAAUUUGAUAAAUAAAAUACUGACCAUAAGCCACAAACAAUUUUUAGAUGAAAACACAAAGAAAAUCUACAAAAUCCUCACAAACAACAAUUACCCCAGUCACCUUAUAAAAACUCUAAUAGAACAAAAAUUAACAGAAGUAAACAACAAAGAAAAUAAAAUAACACCCACCGCAACAACAACUGAAACAAAACAAUACUUUAGCGUUACAUACAUACCUAAGUUGACGGACAAAUUCAACCACAACAUAAACGAACAUAAGAAAAACAUAACUCUGGCGUACAAGUCAAAUCGCACACUGUCCACAAUCUUCACGAAAACUAAAAGCCCGAUCGAAACCUACCAACAAAGCAACGUGGUGUACGAAGUGAAAUGCAUGGGAGGAGAAAAUGUAGACUGCAACAAAAUAUAUAUAGGUACAACGAAAAGAACACUGGGAAUCCGUUUAGCAGAACACGAAGCGGACAUAAGAAAGGAAAAGAAAAACACAGCACUCGCACAACAUAUGUUAGAAAACAGUCACACAGCUGAUCUUGCAAACGCCAGAAUAAUAGAUGUAGAAAAGAGAGAGAGGACAAGAUACACACUAGAGAGCCUUCGCAUAUUAGAGAAUAGAAAAAGAACGAUGAAUACAAAAGAAGACACAGAUGAUAUUGCGGCUACUUAUUUAUUAUGUUUGUGACAAGAAAAUCAGUAUGACAAGUGUACCAAACGAUAAUGGUACAAUGCUCUAGCUUUUAAGUGUUUAUGUUUUAGUGUUUAUAUGUUUAUGUGUUUAUAUGUUAACAAAUAUACGUAUAUGAAAAUUGGCCCCUGAGGAUGCUAAGGAGUUUAGCGAAACGUAGGGCAAAGCAGUGAAGAAAAAACGUUGUUUUUACUUGCACUAAUCACCAACUAGGCCAAAGAAGCUCAUCAAAAUUAAUA